GCUCGCUCAUCAAGGUUUUCAUCUUAAUUCAACUAACUACAUUCAAUUCAAUAUUGGGUUAUCAUUUUCUCAAUAUCAUAUAUUAUAUAACAACAAUUUAUCAUAUAAUUAUUGUGCAUUAUUCGCAGAUAUUGAUUAUAAAUAACUAAUUUAUUUCAGGAAUUUUAUCGAGUUAAGAUGGAAUUUGAUGAAUAUGACUAUUUAGAGAAAACAGUUGAUAAUUCUGAACUUAAGAAUCACAACCAAAUUACUAAUAGUGGUGGGGAUAGGAUUAGGACUGUUAAAUCUGAAGACAGAGUCCGUAGUCGUAGCUCCAAGCGUAGGGAUUGUGAGAGGGAUGAUGGCGACGGCGAUGAUGAUCUUAAUGACCGUUUAAAGCAUUCAAAAUCCGGUGAUGGUUAUCGUGGUGGUUACGAUAGGCAGAAAGAAAGAGGCUCACCUCGUAAUCGUUCACGGUCUAGAGAUGUAGACAAGGAGAGGGAUAAGCUGAGAAGCUCUCAGGGUAAUGGGGAUAGGAGGAGGGAUAGGGAUAGAGACAGUGGAGACAAGUAUAGAAGGGAGAGAGACAGAGACCGGGACGUUGAAAGAGACAGAAGGAAUCGAAGGAGUGAGAGUGAAAGAGAAAGAGAGAAAGAGCGUUCUCAGCGAAGCAGAAGUAGACCCGAAAGGCAUCGAAGUGAUUUGGAUAACGGUGAUAGAGAGACAAGUCGUGACAGGGAAUAUAGUGACAAAGAAAGAAACCGAGAUAAGGAUUAUAGAGACAGAGGAAUGGCAAGGGAUGCAAAGAAACCGGAUAGAGAAAACAGACGGCAUGAAGAGAAAAAGGAAGAAGCAGCAGAACCUGAGAUUGAUCCUGAAAGAGAUCAAAGAACUGUGUUUGCUUAUCAGAUUUCUCUUAAAGCGGAUGAGAGAGACGUUUAUGAGUUCUUCUCAAGGGCUGGCAAGGUGCGAGAUGUUCGCUUGAUUAUGGACCGCAAUUCAAGACGUUCUAAAGGUGUUGGUUAUAUUGAGUUCUAUGAUGUCAUGUCUGUCCCCAUGGCAAUAGCACUUUCAGGUCAACCUCUUCUUGGUCAACCAGUGAUGGUGAAGCCAUCAGAAGCAGAAAAGAAUUUAGCUCAGUCUACGGCAUCUGUUACCGGUGGACCUAAUGGAAAUUUAGGCCCUUAUUCUGGGGGUGCAAGAAGGCUCUACGUUGGCAAUCUGCAUUCCAGUAUUACUGAAGCUGAUCUCCGUAGGGUGUUUGAAGCGUUUGGUCAAGUUGAGCUAGUCCAGCUGCCUCUUGAUGACAUUGGGCACUGCAAAGGUUUUGGCUUUGUGCAGUUUGCCCGCCUUGAAGAUGCAAAAAAUGCCCAGAGCUUGAAUAGCCAAUUGGAGAUUGGUGGCAGGACAAUCAAGGUAUCGGCGGUUACUGAUCAAUCUGGAAUGCAAGAAUUUGGCGGAAAUACUGGUGAUAUGGAUGACGAUGAAGGUGGUGGCUUGUCCUUGAAUGCCUCUUCCCGAGCAUUACUCAUGCAGAAGUUGGAUCGCAGCAGCAAUGCAUCAAGUAUGAUUGGUUUGCUGGGCAAUUCUGCUGUCAACAAUACAGGCCUUAAUCUACAAGCAACUGGAAACAUACCAGAAGCUGCUCUUUUGGGAGCCGCACCAUUAGCUGGACAUCCAGGUGGAGGUCUCCAAAUUCCAAUGACAAGUCCUUCUAUUGAUACAAUUGGCGUUCCAAGUGAAUGCUUAUUGUUAAAGAAUAUGUUUGAUCCCGAAAAUGAGAAGGAACCAGACUUUGAUUUGGAUGUUAGAGAAGAUGUUGAAGCAGAAUGCUCUAAGUUUGGGAACUUAAGACAUUUAUGUGUUGUUAAGCAGAGUGCUGGAUUUGUCUACUUACGAUUUGAAAAUACCCAAUCUGCAAUAAGUGCACAGCGGGCCUUACAUGGAAGAUGGUUUGCUGGGAAGAUGAUCACUGCAAGCUUUAUGGUGACAGAGUCAUACGAAGAUAGAUUCCCCCUCGAAUAGUUGGAUGACAGGAAUCUUGUAGCAGAUAUUGACAUCUCAGAAAUAUAUGAUAAAUAUUUUUAACGAAGUUAUAUACGCACUCAUGCGGAACUUCUUUCAUUUGUCUUAUGACACUUAUAACUUAAAACAGCGCUGCUUUUAGCAGCUGGCAUUGCUAUACUUUACCUGUUUUUGGGAUGCCGGUUUGAUUUAAGCAUACAGUUUUACUGUUCUAGCUUGCAAUGUUAUUUGUUGGUACAAAUUUUGUGAAUGCUAGUGACAUCAUGUAAUUCAUCUUCUGAUGACAAAUACCCUAAAUUUUUGCUGUAUCAUAUCAAUGUCAUCAUUGGUCCGUAC